UCACAAGCAACUUUGGUGUAAUGGUUAGCAUUCGAGCCUUCCAAGCUCGAGAUCGGGGUUCAAUUCCCCGGAGUUGCACUUGUUUUUUACUUUUUCCCCCUUAGAUCUGAUAAUACCGCCGAAGAGAGGUACCCAGGUAGACAUAUGCACAUGUGGUUACAUGGGUAUGUGCCGUAGAGGACCAAAAAAAUGAGAAAGAAACCAGAAGGAAUAUUCGACAAAUGCGACAGCCCCUCCAUCAUCGCGAACUCACCUAACGAGUUUCCCCCCUCCAGGCCUCAAAGGAGUUGAGCCCCCAGCUUGAUUCUACGAUGGCCGCUUCUUCCUCCUCCUCUGUACAGGCAGGACCAUCACCAGAGACUCGGCAGCUGCAGUUCGAGCAGGGCGUCGCCAUAUCGCUGCACCUAUGGCUAUCCCUCACUGUCGCGGUGCAGAACAACCUAGGCGGACCCGCGUCGGCCGAUAAGCGCGACUGGUUCGCCGGCGCCGUCGUCGAGAUGUUCCCGAGCUUCGUCGACCUAGCCCAGGCGUCGCAGCCGCCGCAACCCCAACCUCCGUCCUCGUCCACGGCCCGACAACCGCCGCUGCCGCCGCCUUCCUCGGCGCAGAAGAAGGGCCCGCCCCGCGACCCAGAGGCCGAGGACGUCGAGGCCACCCUGCUCCAGGUCAUGUGGGACGAGUUCGAGACCAACGUCGACGACGAGUCCGAGGUCGAGGUUGCCGACCGCAUCCUGCGUGUCCGCGCCCAGUGCGCCGCCGGUCGCUUCGAUCUCGUCGAGGAUCUCAGGCGCCGCUGGCUGGCCACGCGCGGUAAGUCUGUCGCCGUCCAGGUCACCGACGGCGGCGACCAGGAGACCGACUGGGAGAGCGCCGAUGACGAUGACGACGACGACGACGACGGUGAGGACAUCGAGAUGAGUGAGGCGCCGCCCCUAGUCGCGGUGCCUAGAGAGAGAACGCCCCCGGAGGUUGACGGGGAUGGCUUUACAAAGGUUACACGAAAGAAGCGUUGAAUAAAAAAAGAAUAGGGGAAACAAAAGGAGAGCAUGCGGGCGGGGUCUGGAGUCGUACAUGAUCGGAUCUACAGGCAUUCAUGGUUACCAAAAACAAUACGGUCGCCAGUAGGGAAUAGCAUCACCGGUUUCGAGACGUGCUUGAAAAAAAAAAGAUAUACACAGUGGCUAGACGAGCCGUAUCUUGCAUUCGAAACCAUCCAAUGAGCAAAGACCAGAGGACGCCGAUGAAAACUCCAAUAUUGAGUACUGCGUGUCAACGGCCAACAAUCCGGGUUCAAAAUAAUACCGUCACUCCCAUUCGUCGUCGUCGUCACUAUCCUCCUCCUCCUCGCUGUCGCUGUCCUCCACCUUUCGGGCAUCCUUGGGGCUGCUGGGGGCUUGGCUCGGGUUUCCAGACGACGCACCGACCAGAUCGUAGCUGGUGUCACUGUCGGCCUGUGAUUUCUCGUCGUUAGACUUGCGAGAUUCGGCUGGCUUGUGUUGGUCUUUGUUGGAAGGCGCCGCCUCGGCCGGCGGGUGGAUCGUCGUAGAAGACUCGAUAGAGGCGGGUCUCGUGGGCUUCUCCGCUGGCUUCUUCGGCGCGGUCGACUCGUCCGAUUCAUCCUCGCUCGACUCCUCGCUCGAUUCUUCGCCCCACCCAAUCUCCUCCUCGGCAGAAGCAGCUAGAUGCGGGUUAGUCAAGUACCA